AUGGCCAAGGGACCAAGGGAUAAUGAUUUGGGGAUUAAGGCACAGGGGAAGAAGUCCCGACUCCAAAACAAGUCCCCUCCGGUUCCCAAAAUCGUUGUCGCUUCACACGUGGCUCCGGAUUCUCGAGGUCCAUCCGUCAUGGAGAAUGUGAGGUAAGUGUCCCCACCCUCCUUAUCUUACCUUUUAUCGCUUUCAGAAACCAAAUCCUAGGCAGAAUCCCAAUGUUCUGCUUGUCUUUCAUCAAGAUAACAUUCAUUUCAUUUGAUAUGUCCAACUUCAGUUACUACAUUUCCAGUAAUUUUGAUGGUCCAUUACUGGUCAUUGCCGAUUGUUUAUUCAACUUUGGACUUCUUGUUGGAGCGAUUACUGUUUGGGUUUUGUCAGAUAGGUAGGGGCGUCGUCAGAAUUAAAGGAACAUUAAACCCUACAGAUUUCCCCUCUGGGCAUCACUAUUUUUUCUAUCAUUAAUAAAAGUCGGACUCCAUUUUGUGAUGACGAUAACUCUCCCAAUCCCCUGUGUUCUUACAAUUCUGGCGGCUGAAGGUUUACUUCUUGGAUGGACUCAGAGUAUUCUUUUCUUAAAUUCUUUUUCCAAAAUCCCAAAUCCAGCUAAACGACUUCUAAUUGCUGUAAGUGUGAUUUUUUUUGUUACUAUACUCCAAUUACUCGCUUUGAUUUCUCCGAUUUCAGCUUACAUUUCAAGGACUGGCGGUUGGCCAAUUUUUGUCGGCCAUAUUGAUUCAAGAAGAAGAAAAACAAAUAUCUAGUGUGGAGUUACGCAACGAAACGAUGAUGUCUAACUUCAGAUCAGUAUACAAUUCGUAUGUUUCUCCGAAAAUAAUAUAAUACGAUUUAUUGUUUAGUGGAGGUGCUUUGGAACCGAUGGCAUUGAAGUUUCGGAUUCCAUUUCCAAGUAUUUUAUUCGGCAGUGGAAUUUUGCAGGUAGUUCGUAUUCAAAUCGAGUUAUAACGUUAAAUGUUUAAGGGAUUCCUGGGUUAUCUAAUAUACGAUGUCUGGAAGACCCCCGAGGGUACGCCCAAUGCCGCAGUAACCCGUUUGCAACAUGAUUUCCUGGUCGAACAGGCCUCAAAUGACGCUGCCGACAUGCUGCCUAAGCUUACAACUUUAGGCUGUUUGUUUGGAUUCUUCAGCACAUCUCUGAUUACCAUCGUCCCUCACUAUUUAUUUUGCUUCUCUACAUCUGAAAAUCGUUCCUUUUUACUAUAUUUUAGCAUGGUGAGCUCAUAACGUCCCCGGUUCCAUUUACUGGCCCAAAGGUUAUACUUUAUAACAGUUUUUUUCAGCUAGGCUAUGUAUUCGGACGUCUUUUGUUCCUUGUUUAUGCCGUCAAAUUUCCUCCGACUUUCUGGCUUAUCAUCGGAAUGGUUUGUCCUUCCUUUGUCGCAUAAUAUCUCUGCUUUCAGGUAAUCACAGGGGCUUCCAUAUGUACAUUCACAUUCGAGGCAUUUCGAAUGGCUUCUGCUUUAUUCCAUGGAUUAGGGGUCUCCCUAAUCUCACCCGCGUACGCCUUUUUCUUGCUGCGAAUACACGGUAGGUAAAAACGAAGGAUCUUUGACCCAACAGCAAAAAGCGGAGUGGUCACUUAAUUAAUAAUUAGAAUAUAACUUCUGAAUUGUGUUAAUCCUUCCUAGGUGGUCCAAAAAAUAUCUGAAUUCUUUACAGGAACAUCCGUCCACUCUCUGAUUGCUGGUUCUAUUGUUGCCCAACUACUGUACCCGCUUUUUGCAACUCAAAUUUUUUCGAAUUAUGGCCCAGAACUUUACAGUGCAUCCAAUUUUGUGAUCCUCUUGGGAUUGGCGAUUGCGUUUGUAGCUCUCCUGAAUUUAAUGUCAAGCUUGGCCAGUCCAGCUGAUCCGGUCCAGCAGAGAGUUUGGCGAUUCUUCAGAGGAGAAGGGCUGAAGAGGACCACCUCCAUACGGAAGUUUAUUUCCAGCGUCAGAGGAUCCAUUCGUCGUUCCAGAUAUGGUAAACUUCGGAGAGCCAAAAGUCCUCAAGCCGUAGAGGCAACAACGCCGUUAAGGCCUAAUCCCAUAGCGAUGAACAGCUACCGGUCGACUCAGUGUGCAGUGAAAGAGAGCAGAGGAAAGUAUGGGAAGCGGUUGAAUACGUCGAUAGAAGAUGAAAGCAGUAGUGUUUGUGGGACUCCGAAUACACUCAGCCAGGCUAUUACACCCGAACCAACCUCGGAGAUACAUCAGGAAUCAUUAGAAGAUCUUGAAUAAUAUAUAUUCCGCGGUAUUUGUUACACCAAUCGUUACCAGUUGAUCUUUAUGACUCCCCCCGAAGAGUCCUCCACAAAAAGGCGAAGAGUCCUGCUUUUCCAAAAAACAUUAAAAUUUUCAAAAUCACAGCUCAUACAAUUAAAAAAAAUUUUUGGGUGUGACAUGUUUGUUGUAAAUAUUAUAUAUACCAUGAAAAGUUUGAUUGUAAUGUGUAAAAAUGUAAGCGUGAGUGUAAAUUACAAAAAACGUAAAUUCUACUGUAUCAUGAUACCGGAAAAUUUCGCAUGCCGACAUUUCGGGUCAGGGACAACUCGGGUCGCGACAACUCGGGUCAACGACACUUCGGGUCAACGAUACCGUUUAAUUUUUCGCUUCGGGACUGCGAAAAAAGAAUUUUUGGUGAAUUUAAACAAAUUUAUGAAAUGUUUUCGCUUCGGGACUUGGAAAAAUGAAUUUUUUGGAGAAUUUGAGCAAAAUUUUGAAAUGUUUUCGCCUUGGGACUUAGGAAAAAGAGUUUUUUGGAGAGUUUGAACAAAUUUUUGAAAUGUUUUCGCUUUGGGUCUGGGGAAAAGAAUUUUUUUGCGAAUUGAGCUUUAUUUUUUAAGUUUUUUAGGAAAAUAGUGUUUAUAAGCGACGAGCAAAUAAGAAAAUCGUAUCCAUUGCUUAUGUUUUUAACUCGGGAUUUAAACAGAGAGUGCCAGAGAAUGGAGUAAGAAGAUAUUCGUAAUUAUUUUAUGCAAAUAACGAUUUUUCUCGUCGCUUAUAAACAUUAUUUCAAAAAAAUUUUAAAAUAAAGCUCAAUCACCCCUAAAAUAACUAUUUAUCUAAAAAAUUCCAGAAAUAACAUUCGUACCUUAUGUAAAAUAAAAUUGUAACGUUCAGAAACGACUCUCCAAAAAAUUCUUUUUCGCAAUUCCCGAAGCGAAAAUAUUGAACGGUAUCGUUGACCCGAAAUGUCGUUGACCCGAGUUGUCGACCCUGACCCGAAAUGUCGUAGCGCCGAAAAUUUUUAAAUGUAAAAUGUAAAUUUGAUACGAGAAUGCUAUGAGAAUCCACUGAUAAAUCUGACAAAUCACUUACACCUACAAACUGCAUGCUUACCCUUACUGCAGAUUUGCCGAUAUUAGAGUACUUGCAACAUUUCCAUGCCAGAAUUUGCGCUUAAAUUUUCUUUUAGGAUAUUGCUUACACUUAUAAUUUUUGGUGUGCUUCUUAUAGACGGACAACGAUUUAAUGAGUUUUUCUAAUAUGAAUUUGAAAAAAAUUAAAAUUUUUGAUUGAAAAAUUUGGGGGGUCAAACAGACAUUUCUUCCUUGCAUUAUACUCGUUUCGAAGUUUGACCAAACUUUUUACAAACUUGUUUUCCCGCGCUGUUUCCCUUUGAUCUCGACUCUUUCCUCUUCACCCAGUCAGUCCCUUUUUAUUUGCCUGCGGCUCUAUGAAUUAUUGUAGUCUGAAGUGUCUCAAAAUAGUUCUCGCUCAUUUAUGGCCUUCCAAUUUAAUUUAUGUUUAGAGUUUUGUUCUCUCUCUUAUUUUGCAGUAAACUUUUCGCCCAACCUCUGUUCAGGUAAUUCUAAGCUUAUAAAUGUUAUAGAACUUAAUUAUAGAAUAACUGAGGGGACAGCCCAGGUAUUUGAAGAUCGUCUCUCUCAGUAUCUUCCAAUUUGUGCAGAUCGAAUAGAUUCCAAUGUAAUUUCAAAUAUCUGUGCCCAACAAGGAGGAUUACUGUAAGAUCCACUAAAUAAAACAAGUCUUUCAGAGUUAAAUCCUAUAACAAGACAUCCCAUAUUAAUAUUCUGUCUGCGAGUGUCAGAUGCAAUGGAAAUGAAUGUUUUUCUUCACGGCGGUUAUUUUGUAAUCAGGGUCUUAACAUAGAAUGUGGGGAGUCUAUGGCUGAUUCUGGAUGUCCCAAGGAGUUUGUGAAACUUGGCAAAUCGAAAUGUCUUGGGAUAAUAAGCGAUGAGAAUCACGACUACGAGGAGGCUGUCGGAAGAUGCCGAAGUUUUCAUAACAGCUCUCUCGCUUCCCUAGGGUUUAUUGAUACCAAAAAAUUAUAUUUGGCAUUAAAGGAGUUAAACAAGUCCAGGAAUGGUAAUGAUUCUUACUCGGAAGCAUAGUCAAUUUACAGAUGUGCAUCUAUUUCUCACAUCAGCUGUCCGAAUGCGAAGGGAUUGGAGGUGGAGUGAUGGAAUUAUGUUGGACAAAGCCCCGGAAGGCGAGGGAAGAUGCAUGGCUCUACAAUUAGGCGAUGACAUCGUUGCUUUCAAGGCCAUGGAAUGCUCAUUGUCUCAGUUUGUCCCUCUAUGCGAGAUUAAUCUGGCUCAGAAUUGUGCUUUGCCUGGGGAAUAUCAAGGAGAUGUUAGUCAUUCAAUAUCAGGUUUGGCUAAACUAAUUGUUAAUUUUGGGACCCGCUUUUAGGAACCGAAUGUCUCAAAUGGAACGACCCCCGGAUUACUCAGCAUGGAUAUUUCUCGACGGGACAAAGGUUCUGGGAUCAUAAUUCCUGUAGAAUUGUUAACGGGAAUGGAUUAAGACCAUGGUGUAUGAUAUCGGAUCAGUUGUUUGAAGAAUGCCAGGUACCCAAGUGUAAUGUAAAUGAGCUCAGUGAACAUUUUACUCACAACGGUAAGACUUAAGACUUGUGCUUUUGUUAUUCGUAUCUUGAAAAUAUCAUACUGCAAGUUGGGUAACUGAAUAUUUGGGUGACGCACUCGGGUGGUUUCCGGAAAGAUAAGCCUUAGCAGUACUAUCUGAAGGAAUUUACCGAAGAUCAUGUUCAUUUUUUUCUGAGCUGUACUUUUUGAAUGUUAGGUGGCCUUUUACCAGGGUAUUUAUGGAAUAUUUUACCAUAAUGAGUGAGUUGCGUUAGAAAAGUCGUAUUUCCGAAUUUUUUGGUAUAAAAUAUGCAGCAUUUCUUUAUUAGUAAGAAUGUGUUUGAUCUAUGAAGCAUACUGAGUGUGACAUCGAGUUUUGACGGUUUUUUCAUUUUUUCCUGUAUCGUCCAAAAUGUUUUGCUACUCAACAGUACUACUAAAAAAAGUAGAGACCAGAAAAAAUUAACAUGACUUUCGCGAUCAGCACUAUCGAAGACCCUCUAAAUCCAGUGAUUUUAAGAAAUUUUUUUUGAAAAUACUACAUAACAAUACUAUACUAUUCACUUAAAAAGAAAGUAGUAAAUUGCAGUAGCGUCACAGAUCCCGAUGGUAUGUAAAGAAGGAGAAGUCAAAUGUGGCCAGUCGGACGAAUGCGUGGACGCGGAAUUUAUUUGUGAUUACGAGAUGGACUGCUCCAACGGAUUUGAUGAGAGUAAUUGUCGUAUGUUAAAAGCUGUGGUGUCCAAUGUAAUCUAUUUAGCCGACUUCCUUGAGAAUUUCGAUUUAAAAGGCGAAUUUAAAUUGGUGGAUGAAGUCUCUGAAGUCUGGACCAACAUCAGGCGUGCUCAAGGUGUAAGAAACUCCAAAUAAUGGUAUUUAUUUGCUUCAGUGUGCUCAGAGAUGUAUUCAGAAUCCUGAGUUUACUUGUGAAUCUUUUUCGUUCGAUCCGGACAAAGAAAUCUGCUUACUCAGCCGGAUUUCCAAUAAUCCAGCAGUAUUAUUUGAAAGACCAGAUUCAUUUUAUUAUCAGAAGAAAUUUAGUAAAGGUAAGGACACGUGAAGCAUCCUUGGAGAUUGGGAUAACCGAGUAUGUACAGGGUGGGCCACUCGAAACUCCCAAGCUCUUUUCAGGUAUUUCUCCGCCAAUAAUGCGCCAAUUUCUAUAAAAUUUAUAUAAAAAAUUUUUUUUUCUGGGGUAUCUUUAAAAAUGUGAACCAAUGUCCACAGUUGAUACGGUAACUGGAAAUCGUGUUUUAAUUUUUUAUUAUAAAGUUUUUCCGCGAAUUUGGCGAUUUUUCUCUAACCGAAAAUCCAAGUUUCACUGAUUUCGGGCUCCAAAAUUUGGAAUGAAAAUGUCAAAGGUCAGCACGAGUGCCUCCGUGAUCUUAGACGGGCCAUAUUUGGUGGAAGAUAAAUGGGAUGUCUUUGACAUAAAUUUUAUAGAAAUUGGUGCAUUAUUGGCGGAGAGAUACCUGAAAAGAGGUUGGGAGUUUCGAGUGGCCCACCCUGUAUUUUUCUAGAUCUCCUAACUUUUACACAGAAUUCGACCAGUCUUAUAAUCGAAGCGUCAAAGAAUGGGCAAAAAGGUCCCAUUUGUAUGGAUAAUGUAACCCAAACCGAUCAACUAUGCAAAGAGUUUGGAUUCGGGUAAGUGUGGCAUAAUAAUUACAGUACUCCCUUAGCCCGGCCUUAAACUAUCCAGUACUUUUCACUUCCCGAACCGCACAUAUCUGGUCGAUUGAGAGCCUCCGCAAUGAUGUCCCUGAUGCUCUCCUUCCUCUCCCAAGUCCUUCCGAUUGUCGUCGUUUCCUGAGAUGUUCCAAUUGUCUUCCUUCUCAAUUUUCUUGUCAACUGGAACCAGCGUGCAUAGACCAAAACAAAGUUUGUGAUGGCCGAGUUGACUGUAAUGAUGCCAGUGAUGAGAUUGGAUGUCGUAACAUUGCUUGGAGACUAAUUGGGGAAGUUGAGGACGUGAUCCCUGAAGGCCGGGUUCAGUUAUCGUUCCAAAAUAAAUGGACAGAUGUGUGUUCGGAUGGGCUGAAUGAGGGUGAUGUCAGCCGUUUAUGCAGCAAGUUAGGGAAGGGGUAAGUAGGUUUGAAUAGCGUUAUUCUCUCAGGAAAUAUGGCAGGAUAUUGCCCAUUUACGGGCAGAAGUCGACUUCUACAACUUGGUUGAUAAGAUGUGACAACGAAGAUUGUGGGCCCCUGAGGAUGCAUCAAUGCCUAAAUGGGAUCCUUAAUCUCCGGUGUGACAGUGAUGAGCAUUGUAAGUAUUGGAAUACAACCGUUUAUUGUUACAGUGUACUGUGGGCAUCGCUUUUCCAAAGCCCGAAUAAAACGUGUGGUUGGUGGCUUUGAUUCGGCGAUGGGAGCCUUCCCUUGGACAGCUGCCCUCAGAUUCAAUUACGGGGAUGUACAUCAUUGUGGUGCUGUCAUCAUAGCGGAAAGAUAUCUUCUCAGCGCUGCUCAUUGUUUCGAGGCCAACAGAGAACCCAAAGAUUUUACAGUAAUCACUGGAGAUUGGAAUAACCGAGUUAGGGAAGGGACUGAACAAAAGUUUAAUAUUUCUAAAAUUCAUUUCUUUCCCAAUUAUGAAGGUAAGGGAAGAUUGCCGCAACCUUUAGUCAACCUAGAUCUCUUUCAACAUGAUAUUGUGCUCUUGGAGAUCUCCAAUAAGAUCAGGUUUGAUCAAUAUUCCCAGCCAAUCUGCCUGCCUCCUCGAGGAUACAGAUAUAACAAGGGGCAAGUGUGCAUUGUCAGUGGUUGGGGAAGUAAUGGCACAGGUAUCUAUAGUAAUUUAAUCGUGUUGAACUUAGACUAGAGUAUUCCGAAAAGAUGAGAGCAGCCGCCAUGCCGAUCCUGGAUCGGGAUGAGUGCAGGAAUGUCUCCAAGAUAUACUCCUCAGUCAGCAAAACAUCCUUCUGUGCAGGUUAUCUGAAUGGAGGGAUUGAUUCUUGUCAAGGGGACUCUGGAGGACCCUUUGCUUGUGAACAUAAUGGCAUCUUCUAUUUGGGAGGAAUCAUCAGCUGGGGAGAGGGAUGUGCUCAGAAAAAACAUCCGGGAAUCUACACCAUGAUCACUCCAUAUCUGUCUUGGAUUGAGAAUAUUACAACGAUCUCAUUUUAA